CAAUUACCUAUGUCGAGCGAAUGUUAUAUGAGAAACUGCAGAAAAUAAGAAAUGAUUCGAACUUUGCCGAUGCAGUAAUCAGAAGAUUAUGGCAAGUUAUGCUGGAUGCUUUGCCCCUGUUGCGUCAUUUCAGCCCACAAGGAAGAGAUAAUGGACGAAUUUCAUGGCACUGGGCAUAGCAUGAGAAGAAGAACAAUUGCUAAGGCUGUUCAUAAGCAUAAUACACCGGAAGCAACGCUCGACAAUCUACCAGAAGACUUGAGAUCCGACCAGGGCUUUACAUCUAUUAUUCGAAAAGAACGCUGCAGCCGAUGGGAUACACAAACUUAUCAUAGAAUUCUACGAGUUCUCAUACGAGAAAACAAGGCUCCGGUGCGAAUGACGCUUAUGUGUUUAAAAGGGAGUGAUAACAGAGCCAUGUGCAAGCUAAGGAAUAUGGAAAGAAGAAUCAUUCAUUCCCCUCGUAAAAAGGACUUAGACCGUCGUGAGCGCAUCGAGAGGUUCAUGGAGGCACAUCGUGAGCUUCUUCUGCACAUCCCCCGUGUAUCUACCCGUAACUUAGUAGAGUAUUGCCAAACAAUGGCACACUUUGUUACCGAUAAGGUGACCACUGUUGGUGAAUAUUUGGACUAUGAAAAGACCUAUUAUGGUGAGGAAACGUAUUUUAAUAGAAAAGAGUUAAAAGAAAGGGUUAUCGUACAAACGCCAAAGGCGAUGCAGCUCCCAGGAGGUAUACCUGAACUCAAAUGA